AGAUUCAUGGAUAAGGACCUGUCUGUGCUGCAUGGGAUGGCACAUUUGACCAGCUGAAUGAACAUCUCCCUUAUGCACUGCGCAAUUUGGACGAAACUAAGAUAACGGAGAGGACACAGGAUCAGGGUCGUUGACGCUGAGAAUGUUUUCCAGCUUCGUCUAACUUUGAAAUCAGAAUAAUGUCUUUUUCCUGGAGUAGAUGGUCCUUCUCUAUGUGGAUGUUUGCUGCUGCAGUGGUUGCGCUCACCGCUGGUUCUUCAGGACCUGACCUGGACCGGGGCGCAGGGAGAACGGGAUCAUCCUCCUGCUUUGGUGGCUUUGAUCUGUACUUUGUUCUCGACAAAUCUGGGAGCGUGCAGAAUCACUGGAUGGAAAUAUACCACUUUGUUGAACACCUCGCCUAUAAAUUCAUCAGCCCACAGUUACGAAUGUCGUUUAUUGUCUUCUCCACAGAGGGGAGGAUUUUAAUGAGCCUGACUGAAGACAGGGAGCGCAUUCGUAAAGGACUGGAGGAGCUGCAGGGGGUGCUUCCUGGAGGAGACACAUUCAUGCAUGAGGGGAUUCUCAGGGCUAGUGAGCAGAUUUACUAUGGGAACACUGAAGGUUAUCGCACUGCUAGUGUCAUUAUUGCUCUGACAGAUGGAGAGCUGCAUGAGGAUCUGUUUUACUAUGCAGAGAGGGAGGCCAAUCGCUCCAGAAGCCUGGGUGCCUCUGUUUACUGUGUGGGAGUGAAGGACUUUGAUGAAACACAGCUGGCAAAGAUUGCAGACAGCAAGGACCACGUCUUCCCUGUAAAUGACGGCUUUGCAGCGUUACAAGGAGUCAUCGAUUCAAUCUUGAAAAAGUCCUGCAUUGAGAUCUUGGCAGCAGAGCCAUCCAGUAUCUGUGCAGGAGAGUCUUUUCAGGUGGUGGUGCGGGGAAAUGGUUUUCUUCAAACUCAUAAUGUGGAUAAGGUCCUGUGCAGCUUCCGCAUCAAUGACACUGUGACAAAGACAGUCAAACCUCUUGUGGUGGAAGACACAUAUCUGCUCUGUCCUGCACCAGUACUCCAAGAUGAAGGAAUGGCUGCAAAUCUUUAUGUCAGCAUGAAUGAAGGCCUGAGUUUUAUCUUAAGCCCGGUUACCAUCACAACUGUUGGCUGUUCUGAUGGGACCAUCCUGGCCAUAGCGCUCCUCAUCUUGAUGAUCCUGCUGGUCCUGGCCCUCCUCUGGUGGUUCUGGCCUCUGUGCUGCACUGUGAUCAUACAUGAGCCCCCUCCACCGCCUGCAGAGGAGAGCUCGGAUGAUGAAGACUUUGAUGGGCCUAAGAAAAAAUGGCCAACUGUUGAUGCCUCUUAUUAUGGAGGAAGAGGAGUUGGAGGAAUCAAAAGGAUGGAGGUGCGCUGGGGAGAGAAAGGCUCCACUGAAGAAGGAGCCAAACUGGAAAAAGCCAAAAAUGCAAAAGUAAAGAUGCCUGAUCAUGAAUACGUGUCUGCUUCUCCAACACGAGUCCUCAACAACGGCAUGCACAGACCCCUCAGACCUCAGAAGUGGUACUCACCUAUACAGACCAAGCUGGAUGCAUUGUGGGUACUUCUGAAAAAAGGCUACGACCGUGUAUCGAUAAUGAGGCCUCACCCGGGUGAAAAGGGGAGAUGCAUAAACUUCACCCGAACCAAGUCCCCACCUACAUGUCCCUCAAGCUACAACCACCCUUGCCCGAUCUACAGCCCUCCGAGCAUCAGCCCCCCUGCCCCACUGGGAACUCUUCCUCCAGCACCCAUGGGACCUCCGCCACCCCCCUCAUCACCCAUGGGCCCUCCACCCUACAGUGCAGCACCCAGCCAUACUCUUCCUUUGACGGGCUUACUCAUCCCUGCACCACCUUUAACGUCAUCCCCUCCUGCCUCCCCAACCUCCUCACUCCCCCCUCCUCCAUUAGGACCACCCCCAGGACGAGCUCCGCCCCCGUCUCGACCUCCACCACGGCCUGGACUGUAGAAAGAAUUACAACAUUACAGCCAGUAUUGAUUGUAGCAAUAAUUAUGUGAACUGUUACUGCAGAGGGUGAAACACCUGGACUUGUCUGCAGUGAUUUGUAAGAUCAAAAGUGCAAUCUCUCUUAUGCUUGAAUUUCAAAAACCUUUUUAGACAGUAGUAAUGGAGAACACCGGACUGAUGAACAUGUCUCUCCAUUAUCCUGGAGCUGCUGUCUUUUGUAAUUUGACAUGACAACACAAAACUGGCCAUUUUUUUGGAACAGCACAAUGCAAAACAAUGUGUAUUUCUACAAAACUGCACAAUAUAUUUGAGAAUCAAGUGGAUUAUGAAGCAUACAUUUUUAAUCUUGCAUGCAAUCGUUCUUGAAUUUCUUAUUUUCAGUGUUUUGUAUUUUUACCUAAACUUCUUUCACUUGCAUUAAUUUGUGUGUUUCUACACGCUGACUGCAAAAAAUAAGACUAUAAUAAGCUUCAGCUUUGUAAAGAGCAAAAUGUCCAUGCAGCAGUCACCAUAUGUGGUGUGGAUUCAUUCACUGACAGUGAAAACGUUUUGUUUAGAACUCCAAAUGUGUGAUUUUGGAUUUAUUCAUCACUUGAGGGCAAUACUAUGCUAUUACCAUUUUUUGGUUUUUUUUAAGAUUUAGUUUCUAAAUUGCAGAUCCAGCUGUGUAACAUAUACAACUCACCAAAUCACAUUAACUCACCAUUAAUGUAAUUUAUUGUUCAAAAGGGUCCAAUAUGUAAAAAGGUAGCAGUUGCUUCAAAGAGCACUGCUUAAAAUGUGUUUAAUAGACUCACUUUUGAAUGAAUUAGAUUUGUGCUUUUUGACAGUGAAGAAAAGGAAAGUGGAAUACAUUUCAUUGUGUGUCAAA